AUGGUGAUGCGAAUUCAAGUUUCUUUCAUGAACAUUCAUGAACAAAUUUUACUAGCAUCUGAGUUGGUAAAUGAAAUGUCAACCAAUAGAAGAGGGGGUAAUGUGGGGCUCAAAUUAGAUAUAUCACAAGCCUAUGAUACUAUGAGUUGGGAGUUCUUAUACAGAGCAUUAAAGAAGUUUGGUUUCUCUGCAAAAUUUUGCAACUGGAUCAUGGUGCUCCUUCAUUCUACCAAGAUUUCAAUUAUGCUUAAUGGUGUUCCAAUUGGCUAUUUUGGUGUUGGCAGAGGUCUUAAACAGGGAGACCCAUUAUCUCCUAUCCUGUCUAUUCUUGCUCAGGAUGUCUUAAGUAGAAAUAUUCACAAAUUAUUCAUGGAGAACCAAAUUCAACCAAUGGUUGUAAGAAAUGGCAUUCAUCCCACACACUUAAUGUUUGCUGAUGAAAUAUUUCUGUUUUGUAAUGGAGGUAAAAAAAGUAUUGAAAAUUUGAAAGCUCUCCUAAUGGAAUAUCAAGUUUCUUCUGGUCAAGUAGUUAAUGCUACUAAGAGCAAAUGUUUUGUGGAUGGUACUUCUGACAUUAGGAAGAGACAAAUUGUUGCUUUCUUUCAAAUGGAUCUGUCUUGCUUCCCUGACAAAUAUUUGGGAGUUUUUCUUGCUCAAGGUAAAAUGAAAUCUAUUCAUAUUUGGCAUUUGGUUGAAUAUAUGCAUCUUAGACUAGCUGCAUGGAGUGGUAAACUUCUCAAUUUUCAAGCUAGACUUACUCUGGUGAAUCAUGUUCUUAGCAGUAUACCCAUUUAUAAUUUAUCCAUCUAUAAAUGGCCUAGAAAGGUUUUUGAAGCUUGUGAAAAAAUUAUUCGGAAUUACUUAUGGUCAGGCAGUGUUGAGGAUAAAAAGUGUAUUACUCUUGAAUGGGAUAAUGUAUGCACUUCUAAGGAUGAAGGGGGUCUUGGCAUCAGGAAACUAGAAGAUGUGAAUAAAGACCUUCUAAUGAAACUUCUAUGGAAAAUUCUUCAUUGUCAGGAUGAAUGGGCCAAAUUUUUUCUUGCUAAAUACAUGGAUAAAAAUGGUAAUUGGAUUACCUACUAUCAAAGAUCCUCUGUGUGGAAUGGCAUAAAAUGGGUUAAUACUGAAUUCAAUGAGAAUACUAGAUGGGUGGUUGAUUUCUUACAGUUCUUUAGUAUUGAGCAACUACCUGUCAUUAGAGAAGGUGAAGAUUUAUUGAUAUGGUGUAACAGUUACUCAGGGCAUUUCACAGUUUCUGAUGCUGUGAAUAAAAUUAGAUUGCAUCAGUCUAAAUUGCAUUGGUACAAAAAAAUCUGGCAUUCUUCUGUAAUUCCUUCUACUUCUGCAAAUGUCUGGAAAAUCACUAGAGGUGUGUGUGCAACAGAGGAGAACCUGCGGAAAAAAGGCUUUCAAUUUGCUUCUAGAUGCUAUAUUUGCCAUGAUGGAGAGGAUAGUAUGGACCAUAUUUUAUGGAAGUGUGAAUUCAGUAACAGAUUGUGGAGUUGGUUAGCAGGUAUUUUCCAUUUCCCUAAGCCAAAUUCUUUUGAGGCUCUGUUGAAAAUGAGUAAAAAUUCUGGUCCUGUGAUCAAAGAAUUGUGGAUUAUAAGUUCAUAUACUGCUAUGGUUGAAUUGUGGUUCCUGAGGAAUGCAAUCUUUUAUGAUGAUGAGAAUCCUGUCCUUUCCAAACUGCAACAAAGAAUAACAAGAACGGUCCAUGAUUGUGAAGGAAGAUUAAAAUAA